AAGAAGACGACGACGACGAGAACGAGAGAGCUAUAGCAGCAGCAGCAGCAGGGUUUUAGGCUAAUCAAACCCAACCGCCAGCCAACAACUCCAUCGCCUUCCCUACCGGCUGCCCUUUCGUUUCAGCUAGCUCAAGCAAUUUAUCAAUGGCGUCCUGCACAUUUGUCACAUUCCCCAAACCACCCUUGUCGCUGGUGAACCCUACCACUUCCCUUUCUCGUUCCCGACCCACCCUUAUCGGAUUGAGAAGAAACUCCCUCAGAGUUCACGCAGUGUCCAAGCAAUGGGAACCCACCAAGGUUGUGCCACAAGCUGAUAGAGUCCUCAUCCGUCUCGAGGAGCUGGCCGAGAAAUCAGCUGGGGGAGUGCUGUUGCCGAAGUCAGCAGUCAAGUUUGAGCGUUAUCUAGUUGGGGAGGUGUUGACAGUCGGGGCCGAUGCGGGGCAGGUAGAGGCCGGCAAAAAGGUUCUUUUCUCGGACGUAAAUGCUUAUGAGGUGAGUAUUGCAUUAGUGUUUCCCUUUUUUUGUUUCGUGAGAAGCUUGUUAUUGCUAAGCCAAAACUAUGCAUGAUGCCAAGCUGUGAACAAGUUGGAGCAGUACUGUGCGAACCAUUGGCUAUAGGCCCUCUCGCACUUCAUUACCUCUUUAGAUUGCACUGCCUAAAGGCAAAGAGUUCCCAUUUCUGCACCUUGCUGAGUCGUUGUAUGAAGGCUAGAGUUGCAUAUAUGCUAUGUUUAAUCGUUGAUUUGCAAGCAUGAGGCUUCCAAACACUGCUCAUGACGAAAGAUAAUAAAACAGCAGUAUGCAGUUCUUGGCUUUUUUUUUUUUUUAUGGGUUUCCCUUCCGCUCGUUGGUUGCUAAUCAAAGGCUGCUUUGAACUGUCCAGGUCGAUCUGGGAACGGAUGGCAGACAUUGUUUUUGCAAGGCUAGUGAUUUGUUGGCUGUAGUGGAGUAAAGCUUCAGUGAGCUCGAUGCAACUACUUGAAGACAAAUUUCAUAGGCGGAGAGUUUUAAGUUAAGCUUGAAAAAUCGUGUUCAUGAACAUCUGUUUUGGCCUUGUGUAUUGAUUCGCGCACUGAAUCGGACUAGUGGCAUAAUAAGUUUGGUCAAUGGUCACUCGCGGUCUCUUAGUUUGUUUCAUGUUUAUCACUAAAUUUUUCAUUAAUCAGUAGUUGCUUAAUUUAAAUUCUCAUUUUAUCCUUGAUCAAAGGCCUUUUUUUU